AGGUGGAGCAAAAAUUGUGAAGGUUGGUGGCGGACGAGAGUGUAAUCUUUUGAGCCGACGGGGACGCACGGCGGGAGAGAUGGACAAGCCAGCUCUCGGAUUUGGCGAAUUCUCUGAGGAAUUGGUGGGUUGAUGGACACUCUUUAACCAACAGCAAACUGAACUACACAUCCUCGGGGAACAGACAUGCUGCACAAACUUGUGCUGCAAAUCGCUUUAGCAGCAAGCCUCCUCUCACCUGAGCUGUCAAGUGCCACAGCUACUAAAACAAAAGCUCAAGUAAAGAACAACUCGGGUGUGACACCAGCUGGGGAGUGUGGGACCUGGGUAAAGAAGCCUGAUGGAGGGUAUUUCACAUCACCGAAUUACCCUGAGAAAUACCCACCUGAGAGGGAAUGCAUCUAUAUUAUAGAAGCCUCUCCUCGGCAGUGCAUCGACCUGUUCUUUGAUGAGAAGUAUUCCAUCGAGCCCUCCUGGGAGUGUAAGUUCGACCACAUUGAAGUCCGCGAUGGUCCCUUUGGUUUCUCUCCCAUAAUUGGUCGCUACUGCGGGCAGGAAAGCCCGUCAUAUGUCCGCUCCAGUGGGAGGUACUUGUACAUCAAAUUUGUGGCUGAUAGUGAACUCGAGGCCAUUGGUUUCUCAGCACGGUAUAACUUCACAAAAGGUGAGUGAAUGAAGCCGUGAGCAAGUUUCGUCUGCAUAAAAGCUGUAUUUUACACCAAACAAUUAUUGUUAAUAUUAAGCAUCAUUUUUAAAUCAGUCACUCAAAGAGACAAACCCUUGUAAAACUGUAGCCCAACAAGUUCUCUUCAGUUUGAGCAUUGCCUUGCACAUUCUUUCAGUUUUAAGGUCAGGAUGUACUCAAGUGUUCUCCAUCAACAAAGCAUUAAAAUGUUUAAAUAAAUUUGAAGCACAUUACCUUCCCCGGAGUCAAAGGCAUAGCUAGGUGGAGAAUAUAACUCAGCAUUUGGCAAACAGACACUGUUUGCCAAAUGCAAAUGGUUCAGCACAGACUAAAACGUUGCUUGACAUCGACAAAACAGAUAUGAUUGCAUUUACUUGUAUGUUUAAAUAGAAAUGGGACUGAAUGCUAACAUGGUUGGAAAAAAGGAAGGAAAAAUAAAAGAAAAAUGCAGAUUGUUCUGUAUAAUCUAAUUUAUUGAGGAAGGUAAUCAAUCAAAUCAGAGAUAAUUUGCGAGUAUAAUGUCUGAUGACUCAUGAGUGUAUUAAUCAUUUAUUGCAUGUAUUUUAUUAAUCAUUUACAGUGGCGGUCCUAGCCUGUUUGAACUUUUUUUGUCCAUCUUGGUUUUAAUUUUGCAUUCCAGUAGGAACACCCAUUCCCCAACCCGAGGAUCACCACAACAUAACCUAAUAGACCUAUGUAACCAAUACAUCUACUCACCAAAGACUGAGUGAAGCAAUAUGGAUAACAGCAGAGGACAAUUUAUUUAGGGUCUGAUGGCAAUUUACCAUCUGUGUCCAGCACUUUAAAGGAUUGAUGGACUGGAGCACAUACGUCCUUAACCUACCCUCUUAAACAUCAGCUUGACGCUGAUACAUCAAAGGAAACUUAACCGACUCUAAGUGCAAAUGUUUCAACCUGAACAACUUAAAACUUCUCUGGGAUACAAUGUAAACAAAGACAAGAAGAAGAAAAAAGAAAAAAAAAAAUUUCCAUCAAUAGCCACUUCUCCUAACCAGGAGACAAGUGAAUAUAUUGGUGUAAAGAGUCUUUUUUUUUCUCAGUGAAUAUACAAGUGAAUAUAUUGGCGUAAAGAGUCUUUUUUUUCUCAGUCCUGGGGUUGUAACACCACAACCUCCUCAGUCCGUAAUCAGAGAGUGUCUAUUUGACAAUAACCAAAAUGUCUUUGGAUAGUCUUUGUGAAUGAAAAAAAAAACAAUGGUGUUAGCUGGCCAGCAAAAUAAAGAGAGUGUAUGGCACUGAGUGCGGGUGUGUGUGUGAGUACUUUGGUCCAAAUA